AUGUCCGAAAUAAGUCUCGCGGAAACAAUCAGUGCGAUCAGCGUCAACGAUGAAUGGGGUCCCGCGCUCUCCACCACCACGACCCUCGAUGGCGUGCCAUAUGCCCCAUACUCCAAAAGUGACAAACUAGGUCGUAUGGCCGACUGGACACAAGAAGGCAAGGAAGGUCGAGAUCGAGGCGGCAGACAGUACGGAAGAAAUUACAGAGACCAACAAAUUUAUGGCGCCGGUACAUCCUCGCUGUUCGCUGUACAAGCUGCGGAAGAUGAGGCCACCUUCUCCGUCGUCGACAACACCAGAACGACCGCAAAAGGUCGGGGCUUUGGUCGGGGCGGAGUAACAGUCUUCCGUGGUCGAGGUCAGCGAGGAGCUGCCCAGCGUGGAGCAAGAGGAGCAUUCCAAAGAGUUGGCCAAGGUCGCACAGGAGGUCAACAACAAGGGCAGUUCUUCGAUCAGAGGGGAGGUCGAGGUGGCAGGGGCCGUCGAUUCGGGUGGCGAGACUACGACAAGCCGCAGCGAAACCGUGACGCUUCAGUCAACAUCCGUCCCGACUGGAUCAUGAAGGAGGAGAUCGACUUUAAUCGACUUGCAAAACUCAACCUCGAGACUCCUGACGGAGAAGAUAUCGACAGCUACGGAUUUCUUUACUAUUAUGACCGAUCUUACGACAAAGCUCCUGUGAAGAACACGGAACGCAAACUCCUGUCCCUUGAUCGAGCCGCCUACAACGUUACUACUUCUGCCGAUCCGGUCAUCCAAGAGUUGGCAGAGAAAGAUGAAGCCACCAUCUUUGCCACCUCAGAUAUCCUCUCCAUGCUGAUGUGCGCGACUCGAUCCGUGUAUAGCUGGGAUAUAGUGAUUUUGAAGCACGGUGACAAAAUCUUCCUCGACAAGCGACCUGACAGUUCAAUCGACCUUGUCACGGUCAAUGAAAAUGCUGCCGAUGCACCCCUCGAAGCAGACACCUCAAGCACACCAUCCCAACAACAGACCGGAGUCAAGCCAGACAGCAUCAACACCCCGUCCAACCUCGCCAUGGAAGCCACCAUGAUCAACCACAACUUUGCUUUCCAGACCGUGAUCGAAAACCCCAACAGCAAAGUCGAAUUCCCUCACCCUAACCCAUUCUACAGCGCUUCCGAAGAGACCGACCCGCUGGCCUCAAAGGCAUACAAAUACCGCCGCUUCGACCUCUCUCUGGAGCGGGACGAAGAACCUUUGAACUUGAUUGUGCGGACCGAACUCGACGCCGCCAUCAAGAACAACAUCUCCGGGGAGGAUCAGUUCCUCACCCUCAAAGCACUCAACGAGUUCGACCACAAGGCCCAAGGCAGCGGCGGCGCCCUGGACUGGCGCACAAAACUCACCUCCCAGCGGGGUGCCGUGGUCGCCACCGAGAUGAAGAACAACAGCUGCAAACUGGCGAGAUGGACGACGCAGGCGAUCCUCGCCAGAGCCGAUCAAAUGAAGCUCGGCUUCGUGUCGAGGGCCAACCCGAAGAGCGCGGCGAACCACGUCAUCCUGGGCGUCGUCGGCUACAAGCCGCGCGAAUUCGCCAGCCAGAUGAACCUGGGCUUCUCCAACGGAUGGGGCAUUGUUCGCACCAUCGUCGACCUCGUGAGGAGCAUGUCCGACGCCGCCGACGAGGAGGAAGAAGGCAAGGAGGAAGCGACUCCCGCAAAGGACAGGAAGUACGUGUUGAUCAAGGACCCGAACAAGCCCGUCAUCAGGCUGUACGAGGUGCCCCUGCACACGUUCGAGGACGAGGACGACGGAAUGACCGGCACGGUCGCCGAGACGGACGCCGCCGGGGAGGAAGCAGAGGAAUAA